UUCGUUUAGUUUUUAUAUUUAUCUAAAUCAGCUUUAGCUUACUCAUCAUUAUUACUGUUUUCGGAAUUAUUAAGUGGAUUCACUAAAUGUCCAAUUGAAUAUUGAAUAACACUGUGCUUUCUUUGUUUUCUCACCUUUAAACAUGUUAGCUUAUUCUCUAUCAUUACUCUAAAAAACAAAUAAAUAAUUUACUCAUUCCUUGUUUACUAUUAUUGUACAGUGAAACUUGUGUGCCAUAUUUCAUUGUAAAUGUUACAAAUUUUCACAUUGAAAAGUAUACUAGCCUAAGUGUAUGCGUACAUAUUCAAUGGUUGUACAUCUAAUUGUGUAUACUGGCCAUAUGUUUUGUUAAUAAACAUCGCAAGUCAACUAACCAAUCAUUGUUGCCGGUAGUUGAGACGAUUAUGACUGGUUGAGAAACGUGACUGACAUGAUAAAAUAAAAUACACUAGUACAAACGAGAAUUGCAUUCAGUGAGCGAAUGUUUACUUUUCAAUUCAUUUACAGUUAAGAAGUUGAUUUAAUUUUAUAUUUUGUGCUUAUCGUUUGCAUAUUAUUUAAAAUGCCAAUUUUAUAUGCUUCACAUUAUAACAGCACAAUGUCAUCAACUACAAAUUGUAUGAAAAAUAUUGAUCACUUGAACUACAUGAAAUCUCGUGAUAUGUCGACAUGUAUAAAUAAUAACAAUAGACAUUUGAAUCCUAAGGAUUUAUAUCCUAUUCCACCACUGUGUGUACCUCCUUCUGGAAAUUACUGCUGUUCGCAUACACCACCUACUCCAGUUAGACGACCAUGGUUAGGCGAUAACUCAGAGCAAAUAGCCACUGGAAGAAGUCGACCCGGAGGACAAAAACGUUCAGUUUAUGUAAAUGCAUCAAUAUAUCCAAUUCCUGAGAUGAUACGUAAUAAUGAUAGUAGUGGAAAUAAUUUUAGUGGUUAUGUAAGAGAUCGACAAAGUUCUAGUGACACUGUUAUCACAUCUACAAGUUCGAAUCCCGUAAAUGCAUCCACUACAGAAAUUAUCACUACUAUUAGUAAUCAUAACAAUAACAAAACCAUACCAAGUAAUGCAUCUAGUGUACCAAUUCCCUAUUGGACACAUUUAUUACCAUAUCGCACAUCAACUGUACCUCAAAAUUUAUCUGGUCGCUUGAGAAAAUCAGAAACACUUCCAAAUGAUUGGAUAAAUCAUGAGUCGAAUAAAAUUAUAGAUCACGCAAUUCAUUCUAUACCAAAGUCUACAUCAUAUCAAUUGAAUACAUUGAAUCAAAAUCAUAAUUCGCAAUGUUCAAAUCAUUCUGAUGAGUGUAAAUCACGCUUAUAUGUUAAUUAUACUCCUAAUCUUAGUCCUAAUUUUAUAGAUAAUACUAAAAACAUAAAUCGUAGAGAAGCUAAAUCACCACCUCCAAGACCUCCAAUGAGAACAAGUUCACAUGCUGCACCACGCCAGAAUAUUGUUUCAUCAUCAAUAUCUCCAUAUUGUCAUCAUCGUCAUUGUCAGAGACAUUUUGCUUUAGGAUUACUAGAUAAAUCUACUAAGGCCGACAGAAAUGAACAAUACAGUUAUACUAAUAAUAUACCGACGGAAAAUUCAAAUGACAAGAGUAUUAGUGAAAGUCCUAUACUUUGUCGAUACUCACAACUUUAUUCUUUGAAUACCGAAGCUAAAAACAUUAAUGAUAAUAAUAAUAAUAAUAAUAAUAAUAAUAAUAAUGAUAAUAAUAAUGGCAAUGAUAAUAAUAAUCCCAUUAAUUAUAAUUCUUAUUCUCAAUAUACAGCAAUAAACAACAUGACUAGUUCUGCUAUUCAUGCUUCAAAUAAUAAAACAAAUACUCCAUCUCUUCAUCCUCAUCGGUAUAUUCACUAUGAACAACAUCAACAACAUCAGUCUUCUACUCAUCAUCAUCACCAUCCUCUUACUGUCCAAUAUCAACAAUGUCAAUCGAAUCCUUCAAAUCAUCGAAGUAAUUAUAAACAAUUAGUUGACUUUGAUAUGAAAAGCAUAAGGAAGUAA